UCCCUAUGUUAGGCAUCAUUCCAGAACCAUAAUAACCUGGCGGUAGUCGACUGUACCUCAGGGCUUGCACCCUUUUUUCGAUUGCGGUUCGCAAACACAUACAUAUAUAUAUUGCAUGAGUCGAUCUUGUUCAAACACCACCUUCGACUUUGCCACCUCUCCUCCAAAUGAACUUUUGCGUUGCUCCUUGCCUCACUCUGUCCCCAACGGCUGACAGUUGUCCCUUCGAGGCCAUCAGGCUAUUGUUCACGGGCAAUGUCAGGAUUCCCCUAGGACCAGGAGCAUUCACCCCGGGUGGCUCAAUAUCCAUUUCAUCACCACAUGCUGAAAUCUGGCUUCAAAAUAAACAGAUACUUAUACGAGAUCAAAACACCACACAUGGAACAUAUGUAAAUGGUAUCCAAAUAGUACAACAAACUCUCUUGCAGAAUGGCGACAUCCUCACAUUGGGUGCUCCAAUAAUGCGGUCCUCUAGCACCCCCAACAAUGUAACCCAUGCACAACUCAAGCCCAUCAAAGCAAUGGUGACCAUUGUGGGUGUCUGAUCUCCCAGCGGCAACUAUGGUGCCAAUCAUGAUUCUCGUGGCCUGUCUGUGGGUGUCGCGACCUGCGCAAUUCAAGGACCCACCACCCUUGGCAUCAUCAUGCGCUUGCCCUUCGGCAGCAUGCACUCCGAGUUUUCGUUCCUUUCCUUCUUUUGUAUCGAUUGUCCUUUGAUCACAGCGUCCACGAUAUGCUUGCAUAGUUGAAGCAUCUUUGAAGAUUUCCUUCUGCUUAGCUUAGAUGUGCGACCUAAUUAGCAUCGAGACUCAUACAUAGAUUAGACAAAAGCUGAUGAUGGUGUAUGAUGUACGCAGUAGUCAAUCCCCAGAUCCAGAUUCCAAAGGCGCUCUAAAAGCCACGAAACAGAAUAAAUUGAAAUCUUAUCGUACGCGCC